AUGGUCUUGAAAAACAUUCUUCCCUUCCUCAAAACCAAUUCAUCUCCGAAUUCAACUCCAACAUCUCAACAACAACCAAAUUAUAAUAAUACGAAUACUCCAUUCGUUCCUCCAAUUCCUCUUUCUCCUCGUGAUUUUCAAGAACAGAAUGAUCAUGUCGCAGCUCAAGCGGUUCAGACCACUCAAACCACUCAACAAUCAUCAUCACCUACUUCGCCACGAAGCAGCAAUUGUCCAUCGAACAUGACGAAUUCCAAUCCUGUCAGUUGUUCUCCUCGAAAUGGAAAUAAUCCAUUGGUUGCUUUUGGACAAGCGGUCAUGUCGAGAAGAACCAAACGAGCGUAUUCGGUGGCUACAGCUCCUGAACAUGCUCAUCGAACCAAUGCCAAUCGAGUUGUUGUUGUUGGAGGAAGUGCUAUUCCUUCUUCUGUCAAUUCUUCUCCUACUUCCACUGCAAAUCAAGUGUCAUCUUCACCUCAAAAUUAUUAUUUGAGGAAAACCAAUGAAGAGAGAAAGAAGGAACUCUUGCAAGAUUUUGAAAUGCGUAAGGUCAUCAUUUACUCGAAUUGUAAAAGAUUGAGAGCAUUGUUGGACGUAUUGAUUGAGAGAGCUCGUCCUCAUCAAAUUCAAAAUGUUUCCUAUGUGUUGGCUCAAAUCUCAAUUGUCAACUCGACAGGAUUGUCACCAACGACAGAGACGGAUUUGAAAAUUGUCAAGCAAGAAUUGAACAUGAUUAAUUUGGAAGUAUUUAGAUUAUCGCUCUUACUGUCAGAGAGUUGUAAAAGAGAGUACAUUACUGAAGAGGAACUGCUCAAUGACCCAAAAAUUGGAAAUCUUGGUUGUGAAUCAGUCAUUUUGAAAAUACUGUUGAGAGAAUUGUCAGAAAUGGAAAAAGAAUUGGAACGUAUGCAUCGAAAAUGUAGAGCCAAUAAGAAGAAACCUCAAGAAACUCCUCAACCUCAACCUCCAAAGAAGAAUGGAAUCUUUGGUCGGCGAAGAAACAAUUCAGCUUUGGAACGACCUACGAGUAUGGUCUUGGAGAAAUACUCUCAACGAAGAAACUCUCUCGAUUACUAUCGAAGUCCAACCAUGGAAGAAUUGGGUCAGGAAACUAUGAACAAAGUGAAGGAGCGUGUUUCUAUUUGUCAAUUCCGCACAGUGACCAAAGAACUUCACUUGGAUAAUGGCAUUGAGUUGGUACUGCAAAAACGAUUCGAAGAAAUGAAAACAAAAUUGGCCAAUACCAAUCCUUUCGAUAUUGAUAUUUACAACCCAUUGCCAAGCAAGAAAGAAUUGCUGAGUGAAGAAUAUUGGAAGAAAUUCCUUGAAAAUCACAUGGGAUUCAGUGAUAUCGAAUUUUCGAGACCAUUGUCAAACUUUGUCGAAAGAAUUGCUCAGGAAGGAGAUUCCAUAACGAGCUUACAAACAAAUUCCUCAUCUCCCCAACAUGAAGCAUCCACAAGUUCAUAUAUCGAAUAA